GGCUUAAUUAUUCACCAAUAAAACAAAAUGGUCACCGCAUCAAUUAAGGAGAUGACGUCGGAUUUUGUCAAGUUAGAAAGAUUUGAUGGUGGAAAUUUCAUACGAUGGCAAAAGAAGAUGCACUUCCUUCUCACAACACUAAAAGUGGCAUAUGUUCUUACCAUACCAAGACCACCAGAAGUUGAAGGGGAGGCCAUUGCAGAAACACGAGCCAGGCAAAAAUGGGACAACGAUGACUAUAUAUGCACCGGGCACAUACUCAAUGGCAUGGAUGAUGCACUAUUUGAUGUCUACCAAAAUGUUGCGAGUGCAAAAGAAUUAUGGGACAAAUUAGAGGAAAAAUAUAUGGCCGAGGACGCAACAAGUAAGAAAUUUCUUGUCACUCGCUUUAAUAAUUAUAAGAUGGUUGAUGGUAGAUCUGUCAUGGAACAACUGCAUGAAAUUGAGCGUAUUUUAAAUAAUUUUAAGCAACAUAACAUGCACAUGGAUGAUACCAUUAUUGUAUCUUCAAUUAUUGACAAACUCCCUCCAUCAUGGAAAGAAUUCAAAAGAACUAUGAAACAUAGAAAGGAUGAUGUUUCUCUUGAGAAACUAAGUAAUCACUUUCGUCUUAAAGAAGAGUAUCGUAAACAAGACGAUACUAAAGAGCAAAGUGCUCAUGCUAAUCUUCACGUAAUGGAAGAUGAAAAAUCCAACAAGGCCAACAAGAAGAGAUACCGAGAUUUUAAUAAAUCUCAAUACAUUGGAUCAUGGUGGAUAGAUUCUGGUGCAACUCGACAUGUAUGCAAGAAUAGAGAUUCUUUCAAGACAUUCAAAGAAGAGAAUGAGACUAUUCUGUACAUGAGAAAUGCAUCAACUGUUCAAGUAAUGGGCAAAGGAACGGUGGAACUUGAAUUCACUUCUGGAAGAGUACUGACUCUUACUGAUGUAUAUUAUGUACCCGAAGUCAGAAAAAAUUUAGUUUCUGUUCCUCUACUUAACAAGUAUGGGUUUAAGUCUGUAUUUGAAGGAGACAAAUUUAUUCUGUCUAAGGGUGGAGUGUUUGUGGGUAAAGGAUAUCUAUGUGAGAAUAUGUUUAAAUUGAAUAUUGUAAAUACUAUUAAUAAUAAUAAUGUUUCUGUUUAUAUUGCUAAGUCCUUUGAUUUAUGGCAUAAUCGUUUAGGACAUCCUACUAUAGGUGGAAAGAAAUAUUUUGUAACUUUUAUUGAUGAUUUCAGUAGAUAUUGUUACAUAUAUUUGAUGCAUUCUAAAGAUGAAGUCUUGGAUAAAUUUAAGAUUUUUAAAACUGAAGUUGAAUUACAACAUGAAACCUUUAUUAAGUGCUUAAGGUCUGACCGUGGAGGAGAAUAUUAUAAUCCUAGUUAUUUUGAGUCCACUGGUAUUAUUCAUCAAACCACUGCACCAUAUUCUCCACAACAUAAUGGUAUUGCUGAAAGAAAAAAUAGGGUGCUGGAAGAAAUGGUUAAUGCUAUGCUAUCUUAUUCUGGUCUAGCAAAAGUUAUUGAAUCAAGAGAUGCAAUUUUUUUAGAGGAUAGAUUUAAUUCAACUCCAAGACCUGAAAGUAAAAUUUACUUAGAAAUAGAAGAAAAUGUAGAAAAUAAGCCUGUUGAAAAUAUUGAACCUAGAAAAAGUAAAAGAAUAAGAAAAGCAAAGACUUAUGGACCAGAUUUCUUUAUGUUCCUUGUGGAAGGGACAGGAGAAUCAAUAGAUAGCAUUGCACCUAUAUUCCUUCAUAUGGAAGGUGAUCCUGAGACUUAUGAAGAGGCUAUAAGGUCUCGAGAUUAA